CGCUCGCGCGGGCUCCCUCCCUCCCGUAUGCAAAUGAGCGGGCGUGAGGUCAGAGGCAGACGGGAAAGGGAAGAGGCAGAAUGGCCGCCGCGGCUCCCGCUCCUGGCGCCUCGCAGUGCCGGAGCCCCCGCUGCACGGCGGAGCGCAGGGGAGUCCGCCGCGAACUCGACUCCUGGCGGCACCGGCUCAUGCACUGUGUGGGUUUUGAAAGUAUUUUAGAAGGGCUUUAUGGACCAAGGCUACGAAGAGACCUCAGUUUAUUUGAAGACUGUGAACCAGAAGAAGUGGCUGACUGGUCUAUGGAUGAAAAAUGUUCCUUUUGUAAUUUACAUAAAGACACAGUCAGUGAUCAUACAACAAUUAUUGGUUCUUUGCAGUCAACAACUACAGAGGAACUAUCAUCUCAGGGCCAGUCCAACACUGAUAAAAUUGAGUGCCAAGCAGAGAAUUACCUAAAUGCACUCUUUCGCAAGAAAGAUCUUCCUCAGAACUGUGAUCCUAACAUUCCCUUAGUUGCUCAGGAAUUAAUGAAAAAGAUGAUCCGUCAAUUUGCAAUUGAAUACAUUUCAAAAAGUAGUAAAAUGCAAGAAAAUAGAAACGGUUCGUCAUAUGAAACAAGUCUGUUAUGUAAAGGUAUCCAAAUGAACCAAACAGAAAAUUCAUUUCAGGAAGAACAGGAUAGCCCUCUAGACCUCACUGUGAAUCGAAUACAAGAGCAGAAUACUCAGCAAGGGGAUGGAGUGCUAGAUCUUUCUACAAAGAAAACAAGCUUGGAACAGUCAGCAUAUGAUGGAUCUUGUUCUGAAAAUUCUGUGUCUGGUUCAAGUGCAACAGAUGAUGCAAAAUCAGAGGAAACAUCUAAAUUGGAAAGAGGAAAUUCUGCUCUAAGCAAGGUUUUGGAAUCGCUAUGCUCUUAUCAUGGGCAUCAGAUUUUAGCUGUGUUGAAAUUUUUAAUCCAAGAAUCGUGUAUUGAUUCUGUUGGUAGUUGCCAACUGCCACAAACUAUAUAUUCAGAAGCAUCUGAAGACGAUGUGCCCAUUCCAGUCUGCAGUUGUGAUGGCAACCUGCAAACGAAAAGGUGCUGUUUACAAAAUCAAAGAACAAAUACUUGUUUGCCACCUCUGUCAGUCUAUGUGAAAGACUUAGAUAGUUUGUCACGCCAGUCUGUGACCGUUGGAUAUGUUAACACAGUGGUAAACAAAAGGAAUCCCGUGCCUUCUAGUCCUCCUAGGUGUUGCCUCAAACAGUUAAAGGAGUGUAAGAGCCACGCAGCAAGAACAGCACUUUGUACGCAUCUCAUUUCAGCAGGGCAAAAGGUUAACAAAGCUAGCAGAGGCCAUAGCCCUUCGCCACCUACAUUAUCACCUGUGGAAGCUGAUGAAUAUGAUUAUUUGGAGGAAUCGGUUGAAGGAUCUCUAAAUAGACUUGAAAUGAAUCGUAAUCAGCCUCCUUCCCUGUCGCGAGCUGAAAGAAGUUGUUCUGUGUGUGAACCGGAAAAUAAAUUAUGCAUUGCAGAAGUGCCCGGUAACGAGGAUAAGUCUUUUCUAAGUGCAAAUCAAGAAACUAGCCUUAUAAAUUCUGAUAAGCUUGAAAAAGUUGAAAAUGCUGCCGCCUUUCAGGACUUAAUGGAUCGAAUUAAUGAGAAAUUAAAAUCAAUCGAAACUACUGAUACAACAAAUCUUGCAAAAUUUUCUAAGAGUGAUGGGAGAACAGAAUCUGAUGUUAAAUUACAGAGCUUCAUAUCCUCUCUUUUACAUGAUGCUAAGGCAAAUGAUUACAAUUUUAUGGAGUUGUUGAGCCAGCACGACAAGGAAGCAGAAAAUAAAAUUAUCCAAACACGAUUUCGCAAACGGCAAGAAACCUUAUUUGCACUGCAUAAUUCCCCCGAUUCAUCACUGUUUAAAAGACAAUCGUUGCAAAUUAAGAGGGAGCUAGCCAGUUUGGAUGAAACCUUCAUAAGGAAAAAGGCAAAUUCAGAAAGAAAUGUGAAAAAAAAUUGCAAACUAUCACCAAACAAAAAUGAAAAUCAUAGCACAUCAAAAGAUCAUUCUUUACAAAUUAAUGAAAAUAAAUACCAGCUAUUUUCUCCCAUUAAACCAAAGUCUUUGCCAAUAGGUGAAGAAGAGACAGUAGAACUACUACUGAAUAAUUCAGAGACCAAUUCUGGUUCAGUGGCAUUUUCAGAAAACAAUUCUACAACAUCCCAAACCAGCUUGGCUAAAAUACAUGGAAAUCGUGAACUACAUAUGGAUCCAGUCUCUGUGAAGGGAGAUGAUGAUAGGAUGUUGGACAGGACCAAACAUAAUGUUAUUCCUCCUGUGUGGUGCUCUGUGUAUGUGACAAACAAUUUUUUAUUUCAAAAAUCCUUAAACGGGAAAAAACCUAACUGCAUGGAAAGAGAAAAAAUGCUUAAAGAUUUACAGGCCCAAACGUGCAGCAACGAAGAUAUAAAUAAGAUUGUACGAAACACAAAUCUACAUGUUGUUGUAGAGCGUUUGGAAGAUACAAUAAAUAUGGCUCAAAAGACUAAAAAGCCAUUGUUUAAUGGUUAUAAAAUAUCCAGCAAACUGAAAGAUACGCACAAGUAUGAAGCCAACAAUAACGCUAAAAAUGGUCUUCUUAUUAGCAUGAGUGAAAAUGGAAGUACAGGACAAUAUGUACUGUCACAAGCUCAUGCACCAUGUAGCAAUAAUAGCAAACAGGAAUGCCUGCCAACAAAAGAAGAAAAAGUGUCUGAUGAAGGAUAUAAAAGCCCUUUGAAAUCAUCAGCAUUUAAUUCAGAUUCAUUGACUUACCAUAAUGAGGACUUGCAAUCAAGUUCUGAUGUGGGAGAUAAUUCUCCAGCACUAAAUUACUCUAGUCCUAUAAAACUUAUGUUCCUUUCAGAGAUUAAUAGUAGCGAAGGAGUGAAAUACACACUAACCUCUGUAAAUGAUUCUGCUAAAUUAAACAUUGACCUUUAUUCUCUUCAGAGGAAAACAAGUGUGCUAGCAGGAAAACAAUUGGAAGCUGUGGAUCCUGGUAGAACUGUUUCUCUUGAAAACAGUCCUAAAAAUGAAGUAAACUCUGUUUUUCCUACAGUUAUUGCUCCCGAAACAAACAUGGGUGAGCGUAAGCCAGAUGAAGACCCUUUAGAACAAAGUGGCAAUGGAUCCUCUCUGAAAAGGAAACCGGGCCGACCCAAAAAAUUAGGUCCUCAAGUUGUGAAGCAGAUUAAGCGUCCAAUUGGUCGACCGCCAAAGCCUAAGCUAGAUGCUGAAAAUGCCAAUAAUAUAAGUGAUUCCAUCAGUGCUAGGAAAAAAAGUGUGAGCUCCAAUGCAGAAGUUCUAGAGGACAACAAUAUUAACAAAAACAUUACUGUGACAGUUGUCUUUGGAAGGUCACGAAGGACUAAGAGGUGUGUUUCUGAAGGUAGCCUAAAUGUAGUCAGUUUGGUACCAAGUGCUCACAAUCAUGUUAUAUGUGAAUCUGAUCAAGUGAAGCAGAACUCAGAAACGAGGAAUAGUUUGCCAAAAAACAGAAGUAUGCAAAAUUCGGCUACUGAACACAAGACCUCUGGCUAUGAGUAUGUUAGACCUUUAGAGAGCAGCCCAGUGCUACCAUCCCAUUGCAGCAAUAUCGUAAGACCAAAACAGAAGCCUUUAAAUAUAAUUAGAAAACCUGGUAGACCAGCAAAAGUAAAAAUAUCUGGCAUAUCAGUGACUGUUAACCAGAUUUCAUCUCAGGAAAGGAUAGUGAAUAUUAGCAGCUGCCUGCCUCCUUUAGAACAAGAGACUGUGUUAGAAAAACAUGCGUCUCCUAAGAAGGUUGAUCAUCAAUGCAAUAAGUUGGAUGUUUCAAAAAGCUUCCGGAAUGAUAAAAGUAAGGAUUUUUCAGACGAAAUUAUUACAAUAGCCCCAAGUAAACCCGAAAUCCCUUUGAGACAAUCUCUUAGAGAUAGAAGACCAUCAUUGCCUUUCUUACAGUCCUUAGCAUCCUCUAACUCACUGUCUUGUAGACGUGCCUUUCUACACAAAUCCUACAAGCUCUGUUUGAAAAAUGCUAAGAAUCAAAAAAUAAAACAUUCAAACAUGACACCCAAAGAUACCUCAGGAAAUAAGGGCCCAGAAAAAGCAAAAAAAAGUUCAGAGAAUAAUAAGUUUAGAUUUGUUAAUGAAAUGUCAUCAGAUCCCACCAUUUCAUCAAACUCUUCCCUCAGAUGGUGGGAUCCUUCCAUUUCUAAUGAUUCCUUGUUAAAAGAACUGAAUAAUAGAUAUGAACGGAUAACAAAUACUUGGUUGCACGUGAGCGGAGAAGAAUUUGAAAAAUGUCUCUAUGAACAAGACUAUAGCAUUAAAGUAUCAAACCCUUUGGACUCCUGCAUGUUACAGCUUGAAAGAUCUCCUAUAAAAAUGCUUUUCCAGAAAAAGUGUAAUAUAGAUGAACUGUGCACAUGGUUUAUGCAAACUACGGAAACACAGUCACUGGCAUUAGUGAGAAAGGCGAAUGCUCGCAAUCCUGUUGAAGUAAUUAGUACACGACAAUUUAAAAUUGGAACAAGACAAUGUGAUUGUAAUACUAGUCCUUUGAGAAAGCACUUUAAAAAAUUUGCACUAUCCACGCCAUCAAAAUCAGCAGGAAAGAUACAAAUCCUACAUAAAAUUGCCAGGUCUCAAGUCUUAAAGAGGAAACGUAACUUCACUUUAGCUAAAUUAAGAAGAACCAGAUUUGAGAAUUUACAGCAUGAUCGGUGGAGACAAGUGAAAAAGCUGUAUAAUCAUGGAGCAAGUGACUGGAAAUCGAAGAAGAAGCAUUUGCGAUUCUUCUGCCAAAGCCAGUGUUUUGCUAACACAAAUCAGGAGAUGAACAACAAAAUGAGCGCAAGCCAUGAGAAUGGUACAGUAGACACUAAAUCGCCCGCAAUUCUUGUAGACUCUCAGAGAAUCACUUCAACUGGAAAUGAAAUCACAGGUGCAUUUUAUCAACAGAAAACACAAUUGACAGACCUCAGCACAAAGCCUGGCUUGAUAAAUAAUUGUAGACCAAGCACACAAUCAGUAUAUCACAACCAAAACAAUAUUGGGAAAGCACAUGCUUUUGGUGAAGAUGACUGGAAAGACAAAACCUUUAAGGAUUGUAGAAUAUUUUUGAAGAAAAUCAACCCGGCCGAAGAGCAGCAUUCUUUCAAUAGCACUGUUGUUUGCACUCCGGAAUCUGUAGGUCGUAGUGCCAGUCACGGCUACUUUCAGGGGAAAAGGCACUGUACUUUAAGGUCCCAUUCUGCUAAGCAGAGAAUGUCUGACAGGUGUGAAAAGGAUGCUGAGGAAGCUAAGAAUUUCAGCUUGGUUAAAGACCUGCACAUUGAACAAGACUGCAAGAAGCCAAGCAAGCGUGUCACUUUUGAAGAUGGUCCUGCUGAGGUCCCUAAGAAAACAAGCAAGAGGAGGAGGACACAGUACAAGCUCACCAACCUGAAUAUAAGAGAAAGGAAUACGAGGCAAUUAUGCAGCACUGGCCAAGUACCAAGUUGUUACUCAAAGUACCAACUAGGACCUCUUAAACCUGUCGGACUGCCUUUGCUGGGAGGAUUUGCAAGCAGAGCUGUUGAAUACUCCAUGAUCCCAUUUCAGUUGCCUCUUCAUGGAAGCUCCCAAGUCUAACAGCAAAACCCAUGAAUCGUCAAGAUGAGUCCAUCUGUCUUGUAGUCGCUGAUAAGCAUGCAAUACUGUGAAUGAUUGUAAAAACUGAGCAAGCCAUUGCUGUAAUAACUAAGCAAAACUGCUUCAAAGAUCUAGACACUACCUUUCUGGGGGCUGUUUGGGUUGCUGCCAGGCAAGCAUGUGCUACCUGGGGUAAGAGCUUCUUUGCUUCUUUUGAUGGUCAGGCAUAGUCUUCCCAGAAAGUGCCCUGGGGGGCUGUGCCCAUUCGUAAGCUUCUUAUGACUGACUUGUGAACAUGCAUGCCAAAAUCUCUUUAAAAUGGUUAGCCAUUCGGUCAUGGUGCCCAGAAGUUGCAUGCUGGGCAAACUGGCUUCCUAAGAUUCCACCCCCCCCCCAAUGCAGAGUAAAAUUGCAUUGCUGUGUUUUUAUGUGACAUUUUGUGUGUAUCUUAAGAUAUAUGUGCAUGGUGUUGUUGUUGUUUUUUCAAAAGACCUUUGGAAACAACCCUGCAGAAAAUAGCAACUUCAGAAACCUCUCUCUGAUGAAGUUGGGAUUGCUGUAAUGAGCCCUAUUUUUAUGUAUAUUUUUUCUUGGUGUUAAAAUUAGCUUCUUCUUUUUUUGUCUGCAGAGCUUCCUUAAAAUUGUCCCUUUGGCAGACAACUUGGUUGGCAAGUUGUUUGGUUGGGAAGGGAUCUUUACUGGAUACUUGGGACUUCUGCACUGUUACCUCACCUGAGACAGACUAAGGGGAAUGUAACUGUGGGAAGCUAUGGACUUUUAACUAGAUGCCUGUGGAGGACUGGGGUUAACUUCUUGUGUCCUUAUUUCCCUUAGGGUUGAAAGGGUUUCCCCCAAUCUCUGACCCAAUCCAGCUCAUUAAGCUGGACUCAGGUGAGCAUCGUAAUAGGUGCACACCUGCAUUGGCCUUGCUAGUAGACCCUUGCUUCUCUGCACAGAUUCCCCCAGUCCAGGACACUAGUCUACAUACUGAGUGCAGAGGGAACUGGGAGUGACUUGAAACGGUUUUGUUCUAGAUCAGGACUGAUGCUACCCCACGGUGAUGACGUUUGUGUAGCUUGAAAUGUGUAGGGUCCCUAGAUAUCAUUCCAGUAAUAAAUCUACCUCUGCACCGAGCUGUCAGUUAUUUUCAUGUACUUUUGAUGGAUUUCAAAAGUCUCCAGGUUCAUAGCUUUUGGGGGGGGGGGAGUUCUGUAGAUUCAAUGGGGAGGAAAGAUAUACUUCCAUGGAGGCUAAACAUUUCCCUCUCUCGCCCCUUCCCAGAGCCAGACCUGCCAGGCUUUCAUCAAACAGAACAGACAAUCAUGUAUAUUGUAUACAGUACAUUGUAUAUUGUAGUCUGCAGUUCUGCUCUGCCUUCCCAGUCUGAGGUAUCUGCAUGGAAGCACCAAGAAACAGUGUAGCAAGGAGUUUGUGCACAUGUAUAUUACUUGGAUGGUGUUUCUUUAGUAUUUGAGCAUCACAGUUUAUGGUUUAGCUUUGCUUGAUAAACUGAUUAUAAAUUGAGAUUUUUUUGGGGGGGGGGAGAGGGAAAGUUCAAUCCAACAUUGUAUAAUCGCAGUAGGCAUUUCUUCUUUAAAAAAAUAAUCAUGUGUUCAGCUACUCAUCUUGCAGAUUAUAUUUCAAAUAAAUGUAUAAAGAUGCCAGAAUAUUUUAACAUUUUGUAAUGAUUCAACCUAAGUAGAAUUAGGAUCGUUAGAUUGGGCAAGAGUAACUAUAGGGUUAAUCCAUCCCAGGCUGCUUUUUACAGUAUCUGUUUCCGCAGAGUUAUGUAAACCUUUGCACUAGAAGGUAUAGUUAUGCCAUCUAUAGUGAAAAGGGCACUUAUAUACCUUUUGAAAGUUGUCAGUCCCAUUGUGUCUUUGCCCUGGUAUUUCUGCUCAGACGGCCCAAGUUAUAAAUCUUCAAGUGCGGUAAUGUUCACCAAUUACAUUAUUUCCCUCACCAGCCCAAUGGGGAGAAGGAAAUUUUCCCCAGCAGAAGAUGAUGGAGGGAUUCCAUGAGCAGAGUAUGCACAGAUCCCAGAAUGUGCAUGGCUGAUAAAGGGGACUUCCACUUCCCCAAAGCAGCCAUUUGAUAUAGUAGAAUGGUCUGUCCACAAAUUAUCCUCUUCAGGACUGUGCCAUCUUUUUUAGAAGUCAGGUACUGCCUAAGAUAGAGGAAAAUCUAGUUCAGGCAUCCCCAAACUUUGGCCCUCCAGAUGUUUUGGACUACAAUUCCCAUCUUCCCCGACCACUGGUCUUGUUAGCUAGGGAUCAUGGGAGUUGUAGGCCAAAACAUCUGGAGGGCCGCAGUUUGGGGAUGCCUGAUCUAGUUCAUAUUUACAGACCAGAAUGUGCAUGCUUAUAUAUAGGCUCUAGAAGUUUGCAGAGUCAAUCAUUGGGUGGAAUGCAAUUAAUUUACUCAGUGUAGUCCUAUGGAAAUGAAAGGACGUGGCUAAGUUAGGUCUCUUAAUUUCACUGGAUCUUCUCAAGAGUAAAAUGGAAGUUGAAUAACACCCUAUGCAUUUGGCCAUGCAAGAGCUUGAAGUGGCCUACAAGGAUGUGUUAAAAGCACAAAGCUCAGAUAUAGAGUAAUACCUAUGUUUGGAGAUUAGUAAUACAGCUUGCAGUUAUGUAUUUUUGUAAAUAAGCUGAUUUGGCCAUAAAGGAUGCUUACUUUCCAUGGGAUCUUUAGGUUUGGAUUGUCAUGAAUGUUAAUUAGUGCAGGAGAUUAUGCAGUUACAAACCAUGGCUUUCUGGGUCUUGGUGUUGGCAACUACACUCUGAAUUAUUAAUAAUAGUAGUAGUUACUACCUAUCCUUCAUCCUAAAGUUUCAGGGUGGGUUACAACCAUUAAAACACAAUUCUUAUAACAGUUUAAAACUCUUUGCAAUCACAGAAAUAAGAUGGAUCCUAAAAAUAUACAUAUUGGGUAUCAAAAGAGGUGUUUACAGCGUUUGCUAGAGCGGUAUGAUUUAGAUGUGUGGGGAUGGAGUUCCACAACUUAGGAGCUGCAAUAGAAGAUGCCCUCUCCUGGGCUGCUGCCCUCCCCCCCAAGCUUCUGAGGGUAGUGGAAUAACCCAAAAGGCCCCCCCUCUGCUGACCUUAACACCUGAGAGGGUCUGUAGAGAAGGAAAUGAUAUUUCAGGUAUUUGAGACUUGAGUUGUUUAGGACUUUUAAACACUUUGCACUUUGGAUUGGGCCUAGAAAUGAACUGGCAACCAGUGCAACAGUUUUAAAACGGGUAAUAUAAGAUCUGAACCGAAUCACAGACACUAAUCUGGUAGCAUUGCAUUUAGACCAAUUGAAGUUUCCAAGUUGUCUUCAGGGACAGCCCCACAGAUUGCAAUAAUCCAAUCUGGAAGUUACCAGAGCAUGGAGUACAGUGGCAAAGUCAUUUCUAUCCAAACAGAACCUUAACUGGCAAACCAGCCCAAACUAGAAAGAGGGGGGGACCCACCCCUAGUCCUUGGCAAAUCCCCUGAGCCUCCAGUGCCACCAUUCAAUUCAUGAGUACCUGGUACCCUAUCCAAGAGUUUUGAAUGUAGGCCACCGUUUUAAAAAAGUUGGAUUUUAAUGGUCGGAAUUAACCGAUGGUCCCCUUUGGCCCUUUUCCCAAAGGCAGACAUGCAGACUCAUUCUUCUAAGACUUGUGCAGUAAUAUUAGACAUCUGGAUGAUUCCACCAGCCCAGUUCCUAUACUGUUUGAUCUGAAUCUUUUCUCAACAUGUACAGACUUUUAGGUGUAGCAGCUAGCAUCCUAUAUAAUAAUAUGCAAGUGUCUCUGCGUCCAAGUUUUCCGUGUGUCCCUGUGUUACUGCGCAUGUGCCCCAGGGACACAGGGAUUGGACAGAGAGACUGCACGCGCACACUCUCCCCCCAUCUGCCUCCUCCAACCGCUGCUCCCGGCCAGACACCGCCUCACUGCAGGGCACGUCAGGGAAGCGAGGGUGGAGGCCGGCGGAGGCCUCCUCCUCACAACCCUCCCUGGCCCGUAAGAGGAGCAGCGGGAGGCUGCGAAGCGGAGGCGGCGAGGUAGGCGUUUGUGUCCCACGUCCUUCCUGUCGGCGGCUGGGGGAGAGGAAGGGAGGAGAAAGCAGCGCUUUCUCCUCCGUUCCUGCCCCCCUGCCGCCGACCGCAAGGACAGGUCCCGCAAGCGCUUCUCCGAACCCCAGGAUUCUAGCGCCCGUUAUUGAACGGGCUGAAAUACACUAGUAGGAUUUAUAAGAGUUAAAAUCUCAGUAAUGUCACUGGCUUACUUAAGAAUAGUCUUGAUCAUAACUAGUCGCACUAGUGGUAUAUAGCUAGUGACUCAUCCUGGAUCAACAGGGUAUACUAUAGCUGUCCCUAAAUGCAACUCUUGACAUUUCUCCAUAAAAAAGAAACAGCCACUCAUUUAUAGGAGAAAAUAGUAUGUAGUGUAACUAUACCUUUCAAUAUAUGUGCAACUUAACAUACUAAGUAAAAUAUAUUUUGCUGCUUAAUUGCACAGAAAAGCCAGGCUCUUUAUAAGGGAAUGUCAUGACCUAGAAGCAUGGUGUUCAGUGGCUAAGAGAAUUCCUUCAUUCUUCUUUUUGAGCUAAAAUUAUGCAACUGGCAGUAAAUUCAUCUGAAAUGUGGUAAACCCAGGCACUUCAUCCAGUUACCUAACAAAAUAUUUCUGUAUUUUGUGUGGUUUUAGUGAAAUAUUUAAAAUGUUUGCUGGCGGAUGUACAGAUGCAUUUAAAAAUAUUGUUGAGCAUAGCAUGUAGAGCCUGCAUGAACACACCUUAGUUCCAGUUGAGUUUCAGUUACCCAAGUCUAUUGGAAACGUAGCAGUAAGUGUGCAGAGGUACAAAAGUCCUUCCCACAUACCCUUUGAAAUAUUUGCAGAAAUCACUUUCAAGCACUGCACUCUCAGAUAUCAAUCCAUGCUUCUUAGAUUAGCUGCAAAGAAGUCUAAUACAGUGGAACCUCGGUUUAUAAACCCCUCAGUUUAUGAAUUUUUGGGUUCGCUUCAGUUUAUGAACGCUUCAGUUUAUGAAGACUUCCGGAACCAAUUACACCCAUGGUUCGGGUUAAGUACGCUUCAGGUUGAGUACUCCGCGGACCCGUCUGGAAUGGAUUAAUCCACUUUCCAUUACUUUCAAUGGGAAAGUUCGCUUCAGUUUAUGAACGCUUCAGUUUAAGUACUCCGCGGACCAUCUGGAACAGAUUAAUCCACUUUCCAUUACUUUCAAUGGGAAAAUUCACUUCAGUUUAUGAACAGACUUCUGGAACCAAUUGUGUUCAUAAACCGAGGUACCACUGUAGUUGCCUGCCUCUUCCAUCUGCUGCUGCCACCAGAGAAUAAGCAUGAUAUAGAAAGUAUAAUAAUUUGAAGUGUACAGGACAGGCUCUACAUUAAAAGCAAGCAAAUACCCUAAUGUAUAAUAGCAAAACAAAAAUGGGGUUGGAACCCAAUAACUGCAAAGUGUAAGCAACCUCUCAAAUCCCUUACGAAAGGGUUCCCCAACCCUCAGAAGCUUUUGUUUUUUUUGUGGAGGGGAGAAAAGAAAUUCUGCAAAAGUCAUUCUGCUUGUGGCUCUCAGGAUCCAACCAAAUGUAUUCCAGAAUUGUCCUCAUCUCCCUGAUUACUGAGAGAGGGUUAUGCAAGAGCAUACAUACAUCUGUGCCUUACUACAAGCCAGAGAGCCAUGUGUUGUGCAUUUGCAGCAGACUUGAGAAAGUUGUAGCUUUUCCUAUACAGAUUCACACCCACGACUGCACUAGAUGUCUGCACUAGACAUGUAUUGCAGUUCCAAUACAUGCACUGAGAAGCCCAAACAACCUUACCAUGGUUAUUUUAUAUACCGUACAUGUCUCUAGGUGUACUGAGUAGUAGAAUAAGCCCGUAGCUUGGAGAGUAUUCCAGCACUAGAAGCAGACAGUUUCUGCCUCUGCAAAGCCCAAGAUGUUUCAACAUUUCCCAUUUUUAGAAGCGUUAAUUAAAACUUUGCUCGAAACCACUACACCCUUGUGAAGUUUUCCAGAUAGAGAAGUACUACACUGCUAAUCACUUUGGAGACUCCUGAUUGGGAAAUCCAGUUUCACAGUAGUUUGAGGUGGGAUCUGUGUAUGCUCAAAUAGCUCAAUCCAAUAGGACAGGGCAGCACUUAGAAAGCCAAUGAAACCUGAUAUUCUGGACAGUGCAAUAAAAGUCAGGUUGCUGCAUCCACUUUAGAUGGUAGUUUCAAUUUUUAAUCUAAAUUUAAUUCCUGUCCUCCCUCUAACCAGUUUCUACAUAUGAAAAAACAGAAAACUGGAACAUAUUUGACACAAGAUAAGCACCCAACCUGUGAAAAUAAUGAUGUGCCUUAAAUCUACCCAUGGAGUAGAAGCUAAGUUUCACAACAGCAUCUCUGGUCAGCUGUAUAGUUUUUAACCAAAAGCUCAAAGAUGAAGAGAACAAGGAGUUUGCAGCUCUUCUUGCACUAUUGUUUUGUACAUUGCGUGCAAUUGUUUUUUCUGCUGAAUAAGCAUUUUUGAUCAUGA